GAGUCCGCACACGGGGAGCGGAGUACACGCGUCUCUGUGCUUAAAUAUAUAUAUUUUUUAUUUGUAGUUUAUUCAGUUUCAUUACGUUUGAUUCACAAUUACGGGGGACAUUCUUAUCAGAGAGAGGGAGGCGGAGGACAGAUCCAGUUGAAAGAGGUAUCUUCUGAAGCAGCACAUUCAGAGUUCAGGGUCCAGUCAAGUGUCUGACAAAAGCAGCCAUGACUGACGUGGCACAAAAACAAGAGAAACUCCUUUCCACUUCCAAACCCGUUAUGAGGAGCUAUGUGCCCAAGGUCGGAAAGGGGGAAGCAAAAAAUAAGUUUGAGGCUAUGCAGAGGGCGAGAGAGGAUCGCAGUAAGAGGCGCAGCGAAGAGGAGCAGAAGAAAAGGAAGGAGCAGUAUAUAAAAGAGAAAGAAUGGAAUCGCCGAAAGCAGGAGAUAAAGGAACUCCUCGCCUCAAGCGAUGAGGAAGAGGAGAAGCCAGCCACGUCAGCAAAAUCGUACGUCCCGAAGAUAACAGGCAGCGUGAAGGGGAAGUUUGCAGAGAUGGCGAAACAGCGGCAGGAGGAAGACAGGAAGAGGAUGGAGGAGGAGAGGAAAAGGCGAGCCACUCAGGACACACUUGAGAAGGCCAAGAUCCAGAGAGAACUGGCCAAGAAGGCAGAGGAGGAAGGAGAUGAUUCCCUACUUGUGAAAGUAGUUCCAACAAAACCCCCUGGCAAGAUAAAAAUCAACUUUGAGGACAUAGAAAAGAGCCGAGAAGAGGAGGAAAAGAGGAGGACUGAGGAAGAGAAGAAGAAGAGGUACGAUGAGCACAGGCGCUCUUUCCGGGACUCCAAGCGACGAUCCAGGUUAAUGCAGCAGGAAGAGGAGGGCCAACCCACAGAGAAGGAGCAGGUGACCCCGGGCAAGCUGAAGCUGACAUUUGAGGAGCUAGAGAAGGAGAGACAGGAGAUGCAGAAGAAGCAGACGGAGGAGGAGGCCCGGCGGCGACUGGAAGAAGAGAAGAAGGCCUUCGAGGAGGCGAAGCUAGAAAUGGGGGCUGAGGAUGAGGAUGAACUAGGUUCCCAGGCCGCAAAAGACGAAUUCCGCCCUGGGAAGCUAAAGCUGAGCUUUGAGGAGCUGGAGAGGCAGAGAGUAGAUGAAGAGCGCAAGAGAGCAGAAGAAGAGGCCAAGAGACGUAUGGAAGAGGAGAGGAAAGCCUUUGCAGAAGCCAGGAAGAGCAUGAUCUUUGAUGAGGAUGAUGACAUCUUAGCCGCCAUGCUGUCCGGGGAAGGCAACAAGCCCGGAAAGCUGAGGCUAAGUUUCGAGGAGCUGGAGCGGCAGAGGAGGGAGGAGGAGCAGAGGAGGGCUGAAGAGGAGGCCAAACGGCGACUGGAGGAGGAGAAAAGGGUCUUUGCUGAAGCUCGUAAGAACAUGAGCCCAGUGCCGGAUCAGGAUAAAUCAAUGGCCACAUAUGGAGAUGGAGAAGUGGAGGAUGAGGAGGAGCUGGUGAAGAGCGAGUCACAGGAGGCGCUAUGCCCCAGGAAGCUGGAGAUCAACUUUGAGGAGCUCCUCAAGCAGAAACAGGAAGCAGAAAGGAGGCGCACAGAGGAAGAACGCAGACAAAAGAUGGAGUUGGAGAAGAAGGCAUACGAGCAGCUGAAGGAGGAGAUGGGGGAGGAUGAAGUAAAUGAAAGUACAGAGUUGGUGAGCACAGAGUAUGAAGAACUGAUUAAGCUGAAACGAACUGGAACUAUAAAAGCAAAGAACUUGAAAUCCAAAUUUGAGAAGAUCAAGCAACUCACAGAAGCGGACAUCCAGAAAAAGAUUGAAGAGGAAAGGGCACGAAGAAAGGCCAUUGACCUUGAAAUCAAAGAAAGAGAAGCUGAAAGAUUCCAGGAGGAGGAUGAAGAGGAAAGCAGUGGUGCACUUGUCAGAGCGGAGGAUGCACCAUUCAAGCAGAAGGUGGACAUGCGAAAACGGUUUGAACAAAUGGCAAAAGCCAGGGAAGAGGAGGAAAGGAAACGGAUUGAAGAACAAAAACUACAGAGAAUGCAGUUUGAGCAGCAAGAGAUUGAUGCAGCUCUCCAAAAAGAAAGGGAAGAGGAGGAGGAAGAAGAGGGAAGCAUCAUCAAUGGCUCAACAACCUAUGAAGACGAAGAGGGUCAUGCAAGAUCUGGGGCUCCGUGGUUUAAAAAGCCUCUCAAAAACCAGUCUGUGGUCGAUGCUGAACCCGUUAGGUUUACUGUCAAAAUCACCGGCGAACCAAAGCCCGAGGUGACCUGGUGGUUUGAGGGUGAAAUGCUUCAAGACUGUGAGGACUAUCAGUACAUUGAGAGGGGAGAGACAUAUUGCCUAUACUUGCCAGAGACCUUCCCAGAGGAUGAGGGGGAGUACAUGUGCAAAGCCGUGAAUAGCCGAGGCACUGCUGCCAGCACCUGCAUUCUCACAAUUGAAACUGAGGACUACUGAUGCCCUGGCUCCGAUGCACUGCUCUACUGGAACUUUUCCUGUGCCAAAUUAUCUUCUGUAAAACUCCCAUCCCUCGUGGUAGGGCCAAAAGGUUAUGAAACAGCCAGAUUUCUGCCAUUCCUUCAGUGGAUACAAACCACAUAUAUCAAGCGCAAAAACAAAAAGAAAAAACUGUUUACAUAAUACUUCUUGUGGAUCAGGACCUGAAACCAACUUCUCAACCUAUUACAAGUUGUAUCUAUGCUGAAGCAGCAGCAUAGUUUUCCAAUGACUUGACCUUUAUUAAAACAGUGGUCAAAGAAGCAAUUGUACAAUUGUUUUUGUUGUUACUGUAUGGCUUCUGGAAAUCUAACAGAAUAGGAAUCUUAAUCUGUACUUUUACAGAUAUGCUCUAAUUUGGAAAAUAAUUUUGUAAAAACUGCCAGAAUAAUCUGGCAAAAACAAUUGUUUAUAAAGUUUUGUAUUGAAAGGCCUACCCAAAUUAAUGUUCCAUGCCAGCUAAAAUGUUAUGCCUCUGUGGAUCAGGUUUUUCUAUUUGCUCAUAUGAAAAAUGUGUUGGUUUGAUAAAGAGUUACACUCCAGUUUUCCUACGCAAGAAGUAUUUUCCUCAGUGGAACUAAAAAUUAGGUGGACUGAUAAAGCAAUACAGUACAUCAGUGUAAUAAGCACUACUUUGCUGGGAUUGUGUAAUCUGGGUUGUACAAGUAAAAAAAAAAAAUCAAAUUAAAAAUAGAAAAAGUAUUUGAUCUUAGACUAACCAAGAUAUCUGUGGUAGACUUAUAUGGAAGACCAAAUGCGACAAAAUGAAAUAAAUUGAUAAUUAAAGAAAAAAAUGAGUAAUAAAUAUGCCUUGAAAGCCAAUGCAGUGUCCUUAGGAAAUAAAAACAUCAUGAAAUAAGACACGAAAUAACAGAUAUUUCAUUGCAUAUUUAAUUAUCAAUUUAUUUUAUUGCUUAUUUACUUCAUUAUCAAUUUAAUUUAGUCACAUAUGGACUUCCAUAGAUUUAAGUUACAAUAAACUAUGUAAAAUACA